AUGGCUCCAAACUUUGACCAUGACGACGACUUCAUCUUCACAAUCUCCGACCAUGAUGAUGUAUCCGACGACGGCGGCGCCGAGGAGCUCAUCGCGGCCACGCCGAAACUUGCUGGCACUGGCAAAAAGAGGAAGUUCACCGAGGACCCCGAUCAGGGCGUGAAGCCUAAGGAGGUGGCUUCCAAAAAAGCUAAAAAGGAUAAAAAAAAGGGGAACAAGGGAAAGCAAACGGAGCCAGAAACCGCGGUCGAGACAGACGAUGAUGAGGUAGCCAUGCCAGAGCCAGGCGAAGAGAUUGCACAGAACGACGAUAUUGACAGUGACUUCGAGUUUGCUGUGGGCGAUAUCGACACUGGCUUCGUCGAGGAAUUCGAUGGCUGGGGCAAUGAGAAUGGCACGGUAGCACAGGAAUCCGGCAAAAAGGGCAACGCAGUUGAUGUCGACGACAUCAUCGAGCGCAGACGAAGACAACAAAGGGCGGCAAAAGAGACCGAGGAUGACGAUGAGAACAAUUUGGACGAUGAAGCCGAGUUUGACGGAUUCACUGAAGAAGACGAUGAGCUCAUGGCCGAGGAUGGCUUCGGCAUGGGCGCCGCGAGCGACUCAGAUUCGGAUAGGGAGGAAGGGGGCGAAGAUGCAUCUGAAGAUGAGUCUGCAGAUGACGGUGCUGAGUCUGAUGAGGACGAAGAGAUUCCGCAUGUGCCACACCCCAUGGAUGCCGAGGCAUCAGCAUCUGACGAAGAGCAAGAGGACGCAGAAGAAGCGAAGAAGGCAGCAGAAUUUUUUGCGCCUGAGGAAAGUGUGACCAAGAAGAAGAAGAGCGCCAAAGCCAGCACCGGAUCCUUCCAGGCCAUGUCACUCUCUCGACCCAUUUUGCGUGGCCUUGCGGCCGUAGGCUUCAGUGAGCCAACGCCAAUUCAGAACAAAGCCAUCCCCAUCGCGAUGCAGGGAAAGGACGUUGUGGGUGGCGCCGAGACGGGUUCUGGUAAAACAGCUGCCUUUCUUAUUCCCAUUCUCGAGCGUCUUCUGUACCGACCAAAGAAGGUACCGACCACACGUGUGGCUAUCUUCAUGCCCACACGCGAGCUGGCUGUCCAAUGUUUCAAUGUCGCUACAAAACUUGCAUCUUUUACCGAUAUCACCUUCGCUCUCAUGGCUGGUGGUUUCUCCACAAAAGAUCAGGAAGCAGUACUAAAGACCCGGCCGGAUGUUGUGAUUGCUACCCCAGGUCGUUUCAUUGAUCACAUGCACAACACUGCUGCUUUCCAAGUCGAGCAUCUCGAGAUUUUGGUUCUCGAUGAAGCUGAUCGUAUGCUUGAAGAAGGUUUCGAGUCCCAACUCAACGAGAUUCUUACAACAAUCCCUAAGUCGCGUCAAACCAUGUUGUUUUCCGCAACAAUGACGAGCACUGUGGACAGGUUGAUUCGCAUUGGCAUGGAUAAGCCUGUGCGUCUCAUGGUGGAUGCGAAAAAGCAUACUGUCAAGGGCCUUACCCAAGAGUUCAUUCGUCUCAGGCAAGGAAAAGAGGAUAGGCGACUUGCUUACCUCAUGUACAUUUGUGAGAAAUUCUACAACGAGCGAGUCAUCAUAUUCUUCAGACAGAAGAAGGAGGCACACAGGGUUCGUGUUGUCUUCGCUCUCUGUGGACUCAAGGCAAGCGAGCUCCACGGCAACAUGAGCCAAGAACAGCGUAUCCAAGCCGUGGAAGCUUUCAGAUCAGGCAAAUCGGCAUACCUGCUGGCCACAGACGUUGCGUCUCGUGGUCUCGAUAUCAAGAACGUCUCGACGGUGAUCAACUACGAAGCUCCUCAGACUCAUGACAUCUACAUGCAUCGUGUGGGUCGUACUGCCCGUGCUGGACGUGAGGGUCGAGCAUGCACCCUGGCUGCAGAGCCUGACCGCAAGGUUGUCAAGCAAGCUGUCAAGGCUGCUCGCGAUCAAGGCGCCAAAGUAGUCCAACGACAGGUUCCGGUGGAAGAAACCGAUCGAUGGAUGACAAAGCUUCGGGGGCUCGAAGAGGAGAUUGAGGAGGUCCUUCAGGAAGAAAAGGAUGAACGUCUACUCAGUAUAACAGAGCGAGAUCUCAAGCGAGGUGAAAAUCUGAUUCUUCACGAAGACGAAAUCAAAGCCAGGCCCCGACGCGUAUGGUUCGAAUCGGAAAAGGAAAAGAUAGCCGAGCGUGAGAAGGGGGCUGCUGCACUGAAUGGUCCAGCGGGUGGUUCUGUGAAGGACAAGAAGAAGGGAAAGAAGUUGAGUGGCAAGGACAAGAAGAAGCUUGAAGCGAGGGACUUCCGCACCGAAGGCAAACAGUGGAAGAAGGGCAAGCAGGACAGGGGGCUGAGUACUGGAAAAGCAAAGGAGAAGGCGGCGCAUGUCAAGAAGAAGAGCAAGGAGAUUGCUAAGAGGACAGCGUUCAAGGGUUUUGGGAAAGAUUAA